GCCGUAUUUGGAUCAAGCGCUGGCUGCGGGGCUCAAGAGGAUCGAUCUGUGCACGCUGCUGUUGCCGUGCUGGACGACUGGGUGUUGAGCUUCCCGGCGGUGGGAAGCGUUGUGGCGACGCAGCAUAAGCUGUCUAGCAGUGCUCAUCGGUUCACUUCGAUGGAGCUCUGUGAAGACAUCGGCUCCCUAGUCAUCAUGCAGCUAUCCGAGCAUGCCCUUGAGGGUGUCCUCCAAUCGUUCGGCUCCUACGUCAGCACAAGGAUCAACGCAUUCCCAGCCUCGUUUGAGACCGAGAAUCUAGAAGGUUCUGGAAGAAAAAUAGUCAACCUUGCUGAGACAGAGACCCAGCAGAUUGCCCUGCUAGCAAACGCUCUAUCCCUGGCAGAACUCUUACCACGUGCGGCUAUUAAGCUCUCAUCCUUCGCCAGAAAUGACGAGAAGGGCUUGAAGCAGAGGGAGCUGAAAAGAAGGCUUCAGAGGCUGGUGGAACAGCUGAGGGACAGCUUUUGCCGCCAACAUGCGCUCGACCUCAUAUUCACUGAAGAUGGUGGGGUUCGUUUGAAUGCUGAGAUGUAUUUGUGCAUGGAUGAUGGUAGAGGUGAGCCUGAAUGGUUCCCAUCUCCAGUUUUCCAA